GAGGAUUUUCUUAAAAAGAAGAAGCGAGAAUGACCCUGGAGUCCAUAAUGGCGUGUUGCCUCAGCGAGGAGGCGAAAGAAGCCCGGAGGAUCAACGACGAGAUCGAAAGGCAGCUCCGCCGGGAUAAGAGGGACGCACGCCGGGAGCUGAAACUGUUGCUUCUUGGCACUGGGGAGAGUGGGAAGAGCACAUUCAUCAAACAGAUGAGGAUUAUUCACGGUGCCGGUUAUUCUGAUGAGGACAAAAGGGGUUUCACCAAACUGGUCUAUCAAAACAUCUUCACAGCCAUGCAGGCCAUGAUCCGAGCCAUGGAGACACUCAAAAUCCCCUACAAAUAUGAGCACAACAAGGGCAAUGCCAACAUUGUGAGAGAAGUGGACGUAGAAAAGGUCAUUGUGUUCGAGAAUCCUUUUGUAGAUGCAAUCAAGAGUUUAUGGAAUGAUCCAGGAAUACAAGAAUGCUAUGAUCGAAGGAGGGAGUACCAACUCUCAGACUCCACCAAAUAUUACCUGAAUGCUUUGGAUCGGAUUGCUGAACCAUCCUACCUUCCUACUCAGCAGGAUGUUUUGAGGGUUCGAGUCCCAACCACUGGCAUCAUAGAAUACCCGUUUGACCUACAGAGCGUCAUAUUCAGGAUGGUGGAUGUGGGUGGUCAGAGGUCAGAGAGGAGGAAGUGGAUCCACUGCUUUGAAAACGUCACUUCCAUCAUGUUCCUGGUAGCACUCAGCGAGUAUGACCAAGUUUUGGUGGAAUCGGACAAUGAGAACCGGAUGGAGGAGAGUAAAGCGCUCUUUAGGACAAUAAUCACUUACCCCUGGUUCCAGAAUUCCUCCGUCAUCCUGUUCCUCAAUAAGAAGGACCUGCUGGAAGAGAAGAUCAUGUACUCUCAUUUGGUUGACUACUUCCCAGAAUAUGAUGGUCCGCAGAGGGAUGCCCAGGCCGGUAGGGAGUUUAUCCUCAAGAUGUUUGUGGACCUGAAUCCAGACAGCGAUAAGAUCAUCUACUCUCACUUCACUUGUGCCACUGACACAGAGAACAUCCGGUUUGUCUUUGCAGCUGUCAAAGACACCAUCCUACAGCUCAACCUAAAGGAGUACAACUUGGUGUAGGAGGCGACCCACCCCAUUGACUGACACAAUCUGUGAAAACAUGAAUCAUAUACACAUGCAUUUAAGAAAAAAAAAUGGGGG